AUGGCAGCCACUCAAAAGCUCUAUCCUCGCGGAACUGUGAAGCGGAUAGUUAAAGCUCACUCCAAUCGGAGCGUGAGUAAAAAUGCCGAUAUCCUGGUUGGUCCCAUUGCCCCCACGCGAUCUUUAUGCUUCAUAGCUAACAAGCGCUUUAUUGCGAUCUUGGCAGAUAUUCCUCGACUACAUGCUGUUUAUGCAAGAAAUUUGGAGGUUUGGACCAUUCAUGUGCUAAUUUUACGCAGACUGAUGCGCGAGGCUUCCAUCCGAUCGCGCAAGUCCGGUGAAAAGAACAUUUCUGCGAACUCGGUUCGAAAAGUCACUGAGGUACGCCUUGUCCAAGUAUUACUUUGCGAUACUGCCUUCUACGCUGCUGUUGCUAUCGCAUUCACAACCCGCUCACUCGAAGCUCUUGGAUACAGAAAACUCUACGCAAAUUCCAAGGCUAGGCACGACAGUUGA